UCCGGACGAACGCGUCUCUUGUCUCUCUUGAAUCAUCUUUUGUUUCGACGAGUUACUAUCUUCAUUAGUGUUCAUUAAUAAAUCGUAUAAUAAAAUCUUAAAAUCGUGUGUUUGUGUUUUGUCUAAUUUACAGUAUAUAUUGUUGUUUGACUUUAAUCACCACUACAACUGAAACUCACUUUACUUAAAAAAUUAGUCUGAAAACUUUAGUACCGUUAUUUUUUACUAAGAAAUAUUCGUGGAUGCGGAAUUGACUGGUAUUGAAGCUGCCGCCAGAUCAGCGACCACCUGUAGUUGCAGCCACCCUCUACCCGCAUUCUUAGCUGAGUCAUCGUAUUCCGCGCAUAGCUGACUUUGACUAUAAUUUCUCGGUUUAUUACGAGAGAUUGAAUUAAUAAAGCGUCUUCCUUAUUUCAUAUUUUGCCGCUUGAAGUUUUAAUAGCUAUUUCAACGAAAAUGAAGACCUCAUCGUUUUCACUCCGUGUUAUGCGAAGGAUUCAUGGCCGUAUAUCAGUAGCGAAGUUUCGCCGUCGAUCAGGCGAAAAUCAUGAAGAUCCAGCCGAAAGCGAAAUCGCGCGCAACGUAGGGUCACAACAGCAGCAUUUGUCUUUUUCUCUUCACAAACCUCAAACGUCAAUAAUCCCACAAGUACUAACAAAAAAUAUACAUACCCACAUAGAAGCAGUCAUCUCUCACGAAAGUAGAUUUCAACGGCAAAUGCGGAUCGGAAGAGUUAACAGGGCUACUGCAACUGCUGGGCGACAUAUCGUCGAGCUUCCACUUGAUUUUCUAAUUGCGUGUACGUAGAAGAACAAUUUCGACAAAAAAAGCUCUGCUGUGAUUUGAACGUCUCGAAGCGAAGUUUUGCUGCUGUUUUGUAAACUUCUUUUGCCAGAAAGAACAAGAAAACAAAACAGAACCGAAAGCAAAGAUGGCGUUCGCCGCCGCGAGGAUGAUCCUCAAGGAUAAACGCAGGAAGCCUAGCAAGGAAGACUUUACACCACGCAAUAGAAGCAAGGCCCGCAGCGCCAGUACAAGUAGCUUUAGAAGCCUGAGCCAGGCCCGGAACAAACCGGCAGAUGGAGUUGGGCAUGUCAAUCAAAAAGGGACUACCGGUCAGAAAGGACCAGCAACUGCUGGUCAAAAGGUGGCACCAGGUGCCAAGUCAACAACCAAACCUGCAACCAAACCAAGUGCACAAAAGGGUCAGGUCAAGGUUACACCGAAGGCUGCUUGUGUCAAGACCGGCAAAAACAAAAAGAAAGGACAAAGACAGCAAUAUGAUCUUAUCGUUACUAUAAAUCUGUCGGAAUAUGGACUCACAGAGGACCAAGUUGCGGAAUUCAAAGAGGCUUUUAUGCUGUUUGACAAGGACGAGGAUGGUACUAUCACGAUGGCCGAAUUGGGAGUCGUCAUGCGCUCCCUUGGACAAAGACCGUCCGAGAAUGAAUUACGAGAUAUGGUGAACGAAGUAGAUCAAGAUGGUAAUGGCACAAUCGAAUUCAACGAGUUCCUACAAAUGAUGUCGAAAAAAAUGAAAGGAGCUGACUGCGAGGACGAAUUGCGUGAAGCUUUCAGAGUUUUUGAUAAAAACAACGAUGGCUUAAUAUCGUCUGUCGAAUUGCGACACGUAAUGACGAAUCUUGGCGAAAAGUUAUCCGAAGAAGAAGUGGAUGACAUGAUCAAGGAAGCAGACUUGGAUGGCGAUGGAAUGGUUAAUUACGAAGAAUUCGUGACAAUCCUGACGUCGAAGAAUUAGUCGGCGAACGACGACGAGGACGGCGACGCGGGAUAGAUAAACGCAAAGCAAGAAAAAACGGCACUAUUGUAUAGAUCGGAGCCGAGAACGAAGUUGACGCAACAUUGAAGACGGAUAUAGUCAAGUUCCUCUCUUUAGGUUCAUAAACCAAUAUACACAAGAAAAAAAAGUAAUAGCCAUUUUUUCAUAAUCAUAUUAUGCAGAGAUACGAGAAAGUAUAAAUAUAUAGCGAUUAUUAACUAUGGGAUAUAUACACAUGCGUGCAGACAACAUGAAACAUGCUAGAAAAUUCGAAUAUUCAUUGCGAAAAUGAAGAGGAACGAAAAUAGUAUUUUUUUAGGGCAAGAUACUUGUAUUACCGUUACAAUUUUUAAUAUUUUCCAUAUGAUUAUUUUAUAAUUUUACAUUUUAAAGUAAUUUUACGAUUUGUUAUAUAGCGUGCGACUGCGAGCAAAGCAUAUAUUAAUAUUGUGAACGUUUUUGUGUAGCUUGAUUACAUGCAUAUAAAUAUUUAAUAUAAUUAUACUUAUUAUUGAAUUACCUAUUUUUAUAUAAUAAAUGAUACAAACUACACUUAUAUUGAUUAUGUAUAUACUGAUAUUUUCAUUACUAUGAUAUUUCGAAUAUUACACAGAAACGUACUUUUUCUUGUAUCUUAUAUACUGUUCUUUUAUUAAAUAAACUUGCUUACUAAACCACAAAUACGACAGCUAGUUUUCUCCAAAAUGAAUAAAAAGAAAAUAACCUAUAUAAGAAUGACUACGUAAAUUCUGCGACCCAAGAUGUGCUUUAGACUUGGAAUUAUAUAAAAUGACGUCGAAAAAACAGCCGCUCCUAAAACAAUCAACAGAGCUUUGUUUAGCAACUUUACAAUUAAAAAAAGUAAAAUACAACUGUAGACGAGCAUAAGUUUGAAAAAAACUUAUACUCUUCAGAUAUCUUACUGCAUCAAACUAUGACUCUCAUGCCGUUAACUAUGAUAUUAUUUACGAAUUCAUACAGAUAAAAACUCACAAAAUGUUUCAUAAGUCGCAAAGAUAAUAAUGAUUUACAAAUGUUUCAUUCAUUUAAAGGAAAUGAAAUAAGAAAAUUCCAUCCAGAAACAGCGUUAAUUGCGCAUACCAAUCAAGGUUAUUCGAUACUUGACAUUAUAGAUCUUUUUAUCUUUGUCUCCUUUGAGCAAUCUAGUCGGUACAUUUAGGAUAUUUCACACUUCAGGCACAGGCGCAUGUAUAAGUCUAUUAUAACUAAGGUAAAACGAACGUUGGGUUCUUGGUAACAAAAAAAUUACUCCAACGUCGUAAAGUCUAAUCAAAAAAACUAUGACCUCAAAAAACACCCAGUCUCUAUCUACUCAAAGUUUUUCUAUAUAAAACAUGACCUUCCGUCAUAUAUUUCACGUUCUUACAAAACUAACAUGAUAAGCAAACAUGAGCAAGCAAGUGUUACGAUUCAAAGUGGUGCUAAAUCAGUAGGUUCCUCAUCCGCAAAUUUGUACUGCACACCCGAGCAGAGUACAAAUGAUUCCAGUAGUUAAACAAAGUAUGUAUAUCGCUUCUAUCGACGACGUAAUGUUCACGCCGUUAGAACAAUAUAUAAACUUGUAUAUUUUUUUUCUAUUGAAUGAAGUGAAAAGAUAAAUUUAAUGCAGCCGUUUUAUUGCCGUUGCACGUUGUUGACGCGCGAGUCUGGAAAAACGAAAACGCAAAAAGAGAAACAACGGCCGGCUUCUCGCGGCACGGUUCUUAUUCCUGUACGCACUUGGCUAAAUAUUGUAACGACGUAUGUAUUAUAAUGAAUAUAUGCACCCGCUGUUAUAUGUGAAUGUGCUACGCGUUAAUAUGCGUGAAUCGAAGGAGGUCUAUUGAAGAAAAAUAUCAAAGUACGGUGCUUAUUCGAUCGGAUAUUAAUGUUAGAAUUAGAAUAAGAAAUAUCGUUAGAUAUAUGCAUUAAGCAUGCAUGAUUUAUACGUAGCAAGUGGAAAAUGAUUUAAAAUUGUCUGAAAUUCCAAAUUUGAUAAAAUAAGCUCUUUGAUGAAAAAAUUGACAACAGUGCAAUAUUGAACAUUAUCCGACAAUAAAUCAUUUUCUACGCGCACAUAUAAAUUAGCAAGAAUCCUCUCUCGAUUUGAGAUUUAGAAAACAGCUACACAAAAGAAAUAUUCGGUUUAGUGCAAAGUUUAUGAUAUAUAUGUGUUGUAAAUGUGUUCUCAACGUAACAACAAAAAGGACAAAACACAGAUAAACCGCAACUCUUGUAAAGUCCAUAAUAGCAAAUUAAUACAUAUGGAUGUUUAUAGAUAUAGCUAAGUGACAUCACUUUGCGGUAUAUCAUUGAUUGUAAAAUAGCUUAAAUGUACAACUAUAUCCAAGCAACGGAUACGAAAUACAGGGAAAAGCUUUAGCUCGACGAACUAGACCGAGGAUCGAUAUUUCAUCAAAAGAGUUAUAAUAAUUUUAAAAUCAGGCCUCGCUACAGUAGAAUAAAAUAUGUAGUGCAAGUAGAAGUGACGUAUGUAUAUCGAUCCCAUUGAAAAAAAAGAACAUCAUUAGAAUCGAUUCAACAAGGCCAGUACUGUUGUUGUUCAUUCGUUAUAACAGAAAAGAAAAGAGAUUUAAUAAUAGCUAGACAAUAAUGCGUUGUGUUUACCUUCAUUCAAUCGCCACUAUACAGACAAUGUACAAAAUUAUGUGGAAUGCAAACGAUUCAUAAAUGAUUAUAUAUUUACGUAUGUUAUAUAUUGGGAAAUUCUAUAUAUUCACAAAGACAUUGUAUUCAUCCACUAAAGUAACCGGUUUUCAUGCAUUACAAUUUUUUUUAAACAAAGGAAUGCUUUAAAAAUUAUUUCUAAUCCAUAUUGAAAAAUCAUUCUAAAUGAUGUUUAUACUUUUUGAAGUAUUGUCGAAAAAGAGAAUGAACUAUUUGAUGAUUUAAUGAUAUGUCUCAAGUAUAAAUAUCAUUGCUAGUACAAAUACAUUUAGUAUAAUUUUUGCUCAAUAAUUAGUUUACAACAUUAAAACCAAAAGUAAAACCUCACAAAGAGGAAGAUUAAUAAUUAUAUCAAAAAUAUAUAAAAAUAUGUUAAUCAACAAGAUUAAUCCACCCAUAUGCAAAGGCAAGAUUUUUAAUUACUAAACCACAACACGUCACAAAUAGAAAUGUAAAACGUCCUAAAGACAAUACAAACUAUUUGAACAGAGAUUUAUGAUUGAAAAAAUAAGAUUAUAGUGAUCUAUUGAAGGAAAUUAUUGACUUCUGAGGCCUAAGAUUACAAGUGUUAAUAUCGGGAGUCCGUCAACAAAAUAUGAAAAAUACAUAAUAAAUCAAGCAAACAUCGCGUCCGAUACGAUGAAAUAUGUCUACAGAAGUUACAUUUAUAACAUUACAAACGAAAAAAUGCAUUAUUUGAAGCACUCGUGCCGCGAUUAACCUGAGUGACAGCAAGCAAAGUGUUUAAUAAGAAAAAUGUGAAAAACAAAUCCGCGUCAAAACGAUCAGUGACAACAAAGCUUAUGACAAAGUAUUAAAAAAUAUACUUUUUCAUUGUGUUUUUAUAGCUUUCGAAUUUCCUAUAUCCAUAAAUUGGUUAUUAUGUAAAUAUCCAUCCUCUUCUUCAUUUAAUUAUUGAUCAUUUUCACUAGUAGACGGUAUUAUAAUUUAUUCCAAAGCAAUUUACUAUUACGUUAAACGUAAAUAAAGUUUAAUUAUUAUAAUAUAAUUUCAAUAAAACAAUAAAUUUUAUUUUAUCGUAUAAUAAUAAAAAAAUCACGAGAAAUGUCCGAAAAACCAUUAUUUUAUUGUAAAUAUGUAACGAAUAACGAUUUGCAAUAUUAAUUAAUCUUUUGAUUUAGUUUAACAUGAAAAUUGUUAUAUUUAAAAAUAUUUAAUAAAAAAAAUAAUUUCAAAUAUUUUAUGUAAAAUAAUUUAUGUAAAAUUGUUAAUAUUUUCUUUAGGCACAAUAAUGAACAUUUUAUUAGUCAUGUUUUGUGAUAAAAUUUUUAUGAAUAUUUUCUUCUGGAAAGCUCCGAAUAUGCCUUAAAUGAAUCUUAAAUUCACACGACAAUUUGGUUCUAACAUUUAGUAAUUCAACUAUAAAAUUAUACUUCUAUUUUACGUACUUGUGAUUUGAGUCUUCCUGCAAACACCUGCUUAAAAAAGUUUUUUAAACAAAUACAUUAUUACAAAAAACUGUUAAUUAACCUUAUUUUUAUAACGACCUUCAUAUCAUAAAGUUCGUUUUAUAAAGUUAAACGGUGAUAAAGUACAAUAGAAGUAUUUAAAAAAUAUGUUUAAAAAACUUUUUCCAGGGCACUACGUACAACCUUUUACGCGAUAUGGAAAUGUAGUGCAUAGCUAAGAUGCAAUGUCAUACAAUGCACAGAUGCUAAUAAACUAUAUAACAUGCUUUUUUAUCCUAAACUUGACUUAUCAAAUAAUCGUGACUUUUUAAAUGCGAGCUUUCAAAUCCUUACAAUUGAAAAGGAAUGAAAAUUACUACUCGAAUUAGUAAUGAGCUAAUCUUUCAGAUAUGAAACCGUGUAUUCAGAGUUUUUGUGUUGUAACUCAGUUGAAAAAGUAAAUUAAAAUGCAUAUUAAAUUCGCAAAAAAAAUUUAAUAUACUAGUUUUAUUGUUCUUUGAAAUUUCAUUUCUCAUCGAAAUUCGUGAGAAAAUUUUGGUAUGAAUUAUUAAAGUUGGAUACUCUGAAUAUUGAUACUACGGAUAGAUUCAAUGUUCCAUUCCUUUUCAUAUUUAUAAAUAAUCACAAUUUACGCACACCGCACUUUGGAAAAAUGAAUUCGGGUAAAACUCGUUAGUCUGUUUUAUAAUAUUUCACAGUGAGCGAUGUUUUACAACAAUUUUGGAUACAAAAGGAACGAAACGAUCUGUUGAAUAUACAGAAUGCACUUAUUUAUAUGCUAUAUUAAAGUUAUAUUCCAAGAGAAAAAGAAGUAAUUAAUAAGAAGUGGUAAUAAAGAAGUUUACGGAAAGGAAUUUCAAAAAGUUAGGGGAAAUAAGUUGUUCCGAUCUUCAAACUCUUCGUUACGGUCAAACGAAAGAACAUCAUAUACUAAUAUGCACCUCGAGUACUUCAGAAAUUCGAUAGAAGUAUAAUACAUAUAAUAAGUAAAAUAUAAAAUUACAUUUAAUGUAUAAAUUUAGAUAUGAGAUAUAAAAUAUGCAUAACGCAAAAGUAAUCAAAUAAUAAAGAUAGGAAAAUGAUGUACAAGAUAUGCAACAAGAUAAAGCUAUGAGAAAAAAGAAACUAAUUAGAUCGAAAUAAUUCUUUGAAGCGGUCAUAAACAAAAAUGUAAUAAUCAUAAAACAUCUGACUUUUAAGAAAGCACAGUCGACAAAACUUUCUGAAGUAACGAUGAUCUAUACUAACACUUUAAGUCGAUAACAUACAAUCGCAUUAACAACUCAAUAUUUACUUCGAGAAAAUAUACUUACAAAAGCAGUGCAUUACAUAAAAUAUCUUCAUUAUGAUAUUAAUUUUCUUUAAUAUGAUUACCGACGAAAAAAAUUAAUAUUAGAACACUAAAUAUAACAUAAAGCAUUGAUAAAAAUGGCUAAAACGCAUAGCUUUUUCUCAAUUUUGCGUAUACAGCAUUCCUUUAAUAACAAAAUAACGUUUAAACAAAAAAAAACGGUUAAAGAGCGAUCCGACUUUUCGGCUCUGCCCUUAGCUUUAGCAUAAUGUACUAGUUAAUCAUUUAAUAGAAAUAAUAACAAAUAUAUAAAGCAUAGUAUACGUAGAAAAUGGAAACUGCGCGAAUAAAUUGAGACUGUCAACAGUAUAAUUGGAUAUAAAUGGACAAAAAAAAUAUACGCAUAUGUUAUAGAAAAAUGAUUAAUGUUAUACAAAGAAUAUAAUAACAGAAUCGCGAAUGGCUUAAUUGUUAUAGAUGUUAAUCGUUCGACGUAACUAAUGACAUAAAAAAACAAACGUAAACGAAAAAAAAUCAUUGAACAGAGUAUAUUAAUCGAAGAAGCUUGCGGGAACCUGCUAUAACUCGCGUUUACUUAACUUUAUACUUUAUUCGUUUUUUCGUUUUAAAUAAUUCAUUCUAACUUUACAAGUACACCUGAAAAGUGUACAAGCAACUAAAAUAUAAAAAAGUUACGUUCGAUAACAAGCCAGCGAUACAUUGGGGCGCUAUACAAACUAUGUACGCAAGAGAAAAACUAAUUGAAUUUCACAUGUGCACAUAUAACAUGGAAAUAAUAAUCAAGCACAAAGAAAAGCUAUAAAUAUACUAUUGGUUUCAAAGAAAGCUUAAGAAGGGAAGAAACGAUUAAGGUACUUUAUUACAUUAUGACGCAUGAGGAAAAAAGAAAAAAUGCGAAAUCAUAAUUUAAAUUAAAGCUGAGAUUUAGCUUCUAAAAAAGAAACAUAUAUACUUGAAUGUAGCAUCCAGCAUCAAUCAGCAAAUAACCAUUUUAGAGCGUAAAUUACACAAGGAUAAUAAUGACGAUACAAAAGCGCGAUUUACGAGUAAUUAAAAAUGCAGAUUUUCGAGGCUCUUCGAUAGAUAAAUCGUCCGUAAUUACGUACACGAUAUAUCUAAGCAAAGGAAUUUAGACAAAUGUAUACUUUGUAAAUUUGUGCCAAAUUUUUUCUCUGCAAUGUUUUGUUUCACGACAUAUCGACAAAAAUAUCAUUAUUGUAAGGAAAAUAUAUAAAAUAAUUUAUGCAUUUACAAGAAAAUAUAAUCGUUUUAAUUAUUUUGCAAUAAAAACUGUCUAUCUUCUCUGUUGACAAAUUCACAAAAACUAUAUUUUUAUAUUAUGAUAUUGUACAAAAUUAUAAAAUUACGAUACUGUAAAAAUAUAAUUUUUAAUAUUUGAAAGAAAAUUUGGUAUAACUUUCAAAGUGUAUCUUUUCUAGAGUGAAUAAAUAUGAAGUGUGUAUUUCUUAAACAUGAAUAUUGAACUGAAAACAUAUAAAAGUAUCGUAAUGUUCCACUAUUGGCAGACAAGAAAUAUGUAUAAGGCAAUUGUUAAAUGAAAACAAUGUCUUUUAUUAUAUUACUUUUGAAAAGUAAUUUGUGUAACGCCACCCGAAAAAGGCUUAUAUUGAAAAAAAUAAAGCGAGCUCGAUCUUGUGAUGCAUCUAAUAAGAAUAAAAGUUUGUAAGGCCCUCGCCACAUAUGCGCAUACGCGCGCGUACGAGGGCGUACAAACGUGUACAAAUCGCUAAAAAUUUUGAUAGUGCCAAAUAGAGAAAAUUACUACUAUUCCUCGCAUGCCCCAAACGAACACACUUACUCCCGGAACAAACGUUUGGGGCAUGCGAGGAAUAGUGAAUAAUAGUAGUAACUUUCUGUUGUUGGCACUAUCAAAAUUUUUAGCGAUUUGUACGCGUUUGUACGCCCUCGUACGCGCGCGUAUGCGCAUAUGUGGCGAGGGCCUGAGAACUACGUUUGAAAUGAAAAAGUGAUAGAUACAACCAAAGCGAAACAAAGAAAAAAAUAAUAAGUGAAAGAGAUUUGUUCUUGCGCGAGUAAGUUCACGAAGAUAUGUCGUUUAUAUUUUUACUUGAGACAAAAAUUGUUGUAAUGACAUCUUUUCAUAAUAACAGAACUAACUAUUAAUAAAAUCGAAAAAUCGUACCGUGAGUGCGGCUUUAUCGACGUUAUUUUUUCUAGAAUAAAUUAUAUAUGUAUAUUUCAGAAAGAAAAUAAAACAAGAAAUAAAAGAUAUACUAAAGGUGAAAAUUUGUGGUUUGUCACAAAUUAUGGCGAAACGUGCUGGUGUGUGGGCUUUAUUUGUUAUGUAAGGACGGAGUAUUUAUAAAUUCUGAAGAAAAUGUUAAUUAUUCGAUAAAUAGUUGUAAUUAUUUUUUUGUUAGUUCCUUUCUAUAAAAUGAUGUAUACAAUUUUAUUUAUUCAUUUCACGUGCAAUAAAUUUUUAUUAUAAUUUUAUUGCGAAAAAAAUAGAAGAAUUUCUUUACAUGAUUGCAGAGAAUAAUAUUUUGAAUAUAUAAUCACUGAACUCUUUUUAUAAACGUUCGUGCUUUUUGUAAGAAUAAUUAGAAUAAGACAUGUGUACUUAGUAUUGCUUCAUUCUUUUUUUCGUCAAACAUAUAUUAAAUAAACCAACAAACACAUUGUACUAUUUGCUAUUAAGAUAAUAUAAGUGAAUGCAUAUAGUAUUUUUUAAGAGGAAAAAACUAAAAGCCGCAUUAGAAAGUUACCAGAAUCAUCACCUAGAAAAAUCCAAUUGCUCCAUCCACGUUUCGUCGUAAAAAUAAUUCCAAAAAAUAAUGAAAAUAAAGCAAACAUAAAAGAAAGAGAUAUUACAUUUGUGAAAAAAGUUGAGAAUUAUUGAUAAUACAGAGCUUUGUCAAAGUGAAAAAGAGAGCUUCUAAAGAAAAAGGCAUAAGACAACGUGAAACAUGUGAAAGAGUGAUGAAUUUGAAAUUAUUGAAAAGUGCGAUAGAGUGAGAUGUCUGUUAUGCCGUAUGUGUGAUGUUACGUGUAUGUAAAUCAUGUAAUACUUGUAACGUGAUGUCUCCUAAGAUUAGAACACGGCAUUAUGAUAAUACGCAGAAACGACAUGGCGUGCACAUUAAAAUGGAAUGUAAUACAUGUAUCGAGUUACUUCUAAAUACAGCCAUUUUAUAAUGGA